CUCAGUGUCAGCUUCAGGCGGUGGGUCAUGUGAUCUGCUGAUGAUUCUGUGUCUUCUGGAUGUGUCUUCAGUCUGGAACUGCAUUCAGUGGAGGGACCCUGAUCUGGAACUGAUCGUCUUCAGUUAUUGAUCACCUUCAGCCUCAUGGAGCGAAAACUGGAUCUUUCCCGCCUGACAGAUGAAGAAGCCAAACACGUGUGGGAGGUGAUCCAGCGCGACUUCAACCUGCGGAAGAAGGAAGAGGAGAGGCUUGGGGAACUGAAGAACCAGAUCGAGAAGGAGGACACAAAGAGGGAGCUACUGGGCUCCCAGAGCAGAGUGUCGGACUCACUGUGCAUCCGCUGCCUUCAACCCUUCAAGUUCCUCGUGAACAGUAAACGCCAGUGUCUGGACUGCUGCAUGUACACCUGCAAGUCCUGCAGCCGCUACAAUAAGAAGGAGCGGGGCUGGGUGUGCGACAACUGCCGGAUGACCAGAGUGCUGAAGAUUGGGACUUUGGGUUGGUACCAUGACAAUGUCAGGAACCGUUUUAAGCGCUUUGGGAGUGCCAAAGUGAUGAGGUCCCUGUACAAGAGGCUGAAUGGGGAAGGCGUUCGAGAUGACGACACUCAGAGCAUGCCAGACGUCCGCAGCCAUGUGUGCAACGGUAACGAGGAGGAUGGAGGAGAGGGCGAGGCCCAGCGCUACAAAAUGAUGAGGAAGAACAAGCGCCUACUAUCUGUCCAUCCCAUGGAUUUUGACUCGGAGGAGUAUUUUCUUCAUUCACGUCGCCCAUCUAUGCAGCAGAUGCAGGAGGAUCGGUAUUACAGGAACGACGUGGACUACGACAAUUACAACCAACGUGCCAACCGCAGGAGGAGUCUGGAUCGGCAUGCAAUGAGAGCAGAUGACCACGCAGAGAACCGGAUGGUCCGAGCCCGCUCUCUGUCUAAAAUCAGCUCAUCUGUGGCCCGUCAGCAAUACGUCGACACCUCGGAUGAGGAAGAGUACCAGCGAUACCCCCUCAUGUACCAGCAGCCCCCCCAUCGUCGCAGGAACAGCAGAACCACCUCUCAGGAGAACCUGGGCCAAGCCCCACCUAUAAACGAGCUGAACAAACGAAUGUCUGCCAUUGAGAGCCUGCUGAGCCGACUGGAGGAAAAGAUGACACCAGCUGAUGAGGCGGCGUCUGCUAAGAACGAAGAGGAGAAACUACGACGGAAGCUGAGCGAGCUGGCGGGGAACCUGAGCGACAAGGGCCUGUCGUCGGACGAGGAGCCCGGGAAAAAGUUCUCCUUAGCGCUGAAAGGUCACAGCAGCUCGAGGUCCGGUCCAGUGGCCCCUCUGGUGGCUCUGAAGGACAAAGAGUUAAGCUCGUCCAGCGACGAGAUGCCCACCGAGACCCAGAAGAGAUCCGCCGCCGCCGCCCUCUGUGACCUCACCACUGAGGUCCUGAGAACCAUAAAUGCCACAGAAAACGCAAUGGUCGAGUACGGCCUCGCAGAGCCGAUCGACAGAUCCUACUUAGUCGGCACUGAUGUAAAGCAGGCCGAUGAUGCUUUCAGGGAACUUGAGGAAAAUGUGUACGUCACAGCUGGUCAGUCCUACGAUCUGGAGAGCAAGCUGCAGCGGCUGGAGAAGAGCGCCAAGAACAGAUUUGGAGGUACCACAGACUCCGAUCUCUCCGAGCUGGAGGAUGUGGUGGCGCUGACUGCCGCCAGAGUGCAGAGCGCAGAGAGCGAGGUGUCCGACAUUGAGAGUAAACUGGCUGCUCUGAGCGCCAGCGGCCCCAGGAAGAAGGUUUCUGGAUCUCACAUGAAGAAGAGGGCCGGUCCGGAUCUGAAGACCAACGGGGCUCACUGGAGGUCCAACAUGGUCUGAUCUGGAACCAGACUGUCCCGGCUUUUCUUCACACCCCUCCUGCUCUUCAUCCUCACAUCUGUAGCCCACCAUCAUCUUCAUCACAAUGAAUCACCAUGAGAGCCUGAAGGGAAGAGGAGGAGUGGUGAUCAAUAGAUCCACCAACGCUGACGCGUCAGUUUACCGAAAACUGAAAGAUCUGGAUCCUGAAGGUUCUGACGUUAGACUCACGUUCACCAAACAGUGGAACGGAGAACAGAUCUACGAUCCAUGGAUCUAUGACCCAUGGAUCAGUUAGAUCCCAAACGAAUAACAGAUUUAUGACCCGUGGAUCUGUUAGACACAGAUCUAGCUUUAGGAUAGAUCUAUGGUGGAUAGAUGUGUUAGACACCAGAACCCAUCAAUCCCCAGAGCUUCCUGUUGAUGUUUAAAUGAGGAAUCAUACAUUCUAGAGCUGGUAUUUAUCCCGAUCAAUAAAACACCUUUUUGAACAAUG